AUGGCGAAGUGCAGGCUGAACAGGGUAACGUCUGUGACGCUCGCAGGAAGAUCAUCUGAGUUGGAUAAGUGCCAUACACUCACCUUGGACGACCUCCCUACUGAAUUGAUCUGGCAUAUAGCCUCUUAUCUCAAAACGCCAACACUGAUACGGAACUUCGACGAGCUAACGGUUCGAAAGCGAAGGUAUGAUCUUUGCGCCUUGCGCCUUGCGUGUCGAAGCAUGCACGAUAAGGUUCAAAAGGUCUUCGUGCCAACAGCAUUUGAUUCCCUCGAAGUCGAUCUGACCCGGUCUGAUCUGGAUGCACUGAUCGAAAUUGCGAAGGACAAGGCAUGGCCAGAGCCUGAUGAUUGGAGCGAAGCAUAUGAGCAGGAGGCACUAUCACGAGACUACACCGAAAAAGGGAGCGGUGCCAUCCUUUUAAGCAGAGCGCUAAACGGGUUUCCGAAUCUCGAAGCGGUGAGAGUACAGCCUGUCAUGUGGUUUCCUGGCAAUCCUCGAUUCAUAUUAUCCCGUUGGCCGCAUGGUGAAGGCUCGACCACGAGUCUCGUAGCGACCAUUCUCGCAGCACUCAGUCUCUCGAAUACCCGCAUUAAGACUCUAGCCUUCUCACGGCAACCUCCAUUUACAGAUCAUCUUAACGGCCCGACAGGUUGCUACAUCAGCCAGCUCAGUAUUCCUCCAAGCGCCAUGGCAGCUUUUCACCAUUUGCGAACACUGGACCUCGUGAUUGCUCUGCGGCCGUCGAAACGAUUCGAUUUUGCCAUGGCCUCGGCGCUCACUUCUUUCGUUUCCGGUCUCAAGCAGCUCGCAUCGUUGUCUAUCCGAUUCGACAGCCACAUUUUGUCAGAAAUCGUCAUGCGCGACUUCCUGUCCGAUUGUCAGGUCUUGGCAGUAACGUGGUUCCGACUGGAGGUAGCUUGGAUCUGGGAUACCUCAUCAGGGUGCCCCCUCAUCGAGUUUAUGCAACGAAACAGGCAGAUCCAGCAUUUUUACCUUGCGUUUGUUGAUCUCGACGAAGGUCGCUGGCCUGCACUUAUCGAGACACUAUCGACAUGCGAAAAUCUCCAAAGCGUUGGAUUGCGAUACGUCAGUGAAGCAAACCAUGCUGUGACUAUCAAUGGCAAGGAUAAACUCCACAUUGAGCACACGGAAGACAUGGCUUCCAGCUUAAAGGAGGCCAAACGUGGAAUCAGUGUCGGCAACAGUGACCACGACGAGUUCCCAGCUGCUCGCUAUGACAGAUAUCCAGACGACUCAGAGUACGACUCAUCUGAGGAGGCCUGA